AUGGCCCCACGGUUCCUGCCCCUGCUGGCAGCUCUGGCCCUGGCCCAGGGCCCUGUGGCCUUAGCUGAUGCCCUGGAGGGGGACAGCUCAGACGACCGGGCCUUCCGCGUGCGCAUCGCUGGCGACGCGCCACUGCAGGGCGUGCUGGGCGGCUCCCUCACCAUCCCGUGCCACGUCCACUACCUGCGGCCACCGCUGGGCCGCCGGGCCGUGCUGGGCUCCCCGAGGGUCAAGUGGACCUUCCUGUCCGGGGGCCGCGAGGCCGAGGUGCUGGUGGCACGGGGGCUGCGCGUCAAGGUGAGCGAGGCUUACCGGUUCCGCGUGGCGCUGCCGGCCUACCCGGCGUCGCUCACCGAUGUGUCCCUGGUGCUGAGCGAGCUGCGGCCCAACGACUCGGGCAUCUACCGCUGCGAAGUCCAGCAUGGCAUAGACGACAGCAGCGAUGCAGUGGAGGUCAAGGUCAAAGGGGUCGUCUUUCUCUACCGGGAAGGCUCUGCCCGCUAUGCUUUCUCCUUCACGGGGGCCCAGGAGGCCUGUGCCCGCAUCGGAGCCCGCAUCGCCACCCCGGAGCAGCUCUAUGCCGCCUACCUCGGGGGCUAUGAGCAGUGUGACGCUGGCUGGUUGUCCGACCAGACCGUGAGGUAUCCCAUCCAGACCCCACGAGAAGCCUGUUAUGGAGACAUGGAUGGCUUCCCCGGGGUCCGGAACUACGGAGUGGUGGACCCGGACGACCUCUAUGAUGUCUACUGCUAUGCCGAAGACCUAAAUGGAGAGCUGUUCCUGGGUGCCCCUGCAGACAAGCUGACGCUGGAGGAGGCACGGGCGUACUGCCGGGAGCGGGGUGCGGAGAUCGCCACCACCGGCCAGCUAUACGCCGCCUGGGAUGGCGGCCUGGACCGCUGCAGCCCGGGCUGGCUGGCCGACGGCAGUGUCCGCUACCCCAUCGUCACGCCCAGCCAGCGCUGCGGGGGUGGCCUGCCCGGUGUCAAGACGCUCUUCCUCUUCCCCAACCAGACCGGCUUUCCCGACAAGCACAGCCGCUUCAGCGUCUACUGCUUCCGAGACUCUGCCCGGCCGUCCGCCAUGCCUGAGGCGUCGGACCCAGCGUCGGACCCGGUCUCUGAUGGGCUGGAGGCCAUUGUCACGGUGACAGAGACCCUGGAGGAACUCCAGCUGCCUCAGGAGGCUGUGGAGAGCGAGUCCCGGGGAGCCAUCUACUCCAUCCCCAUCGUGGAGGAUGGAGGGGGUGGAAGCUCCACUCCAGAAGACCCUGCAGAGCCCCCGAGGACCCUCCUUGAAUUCGAAACGCCAUCCAUUGUCCCUCCCCUGGGGUCCUCCGAAGAGGAAGACAAGGCUUUGGAGGAAGAAGAGAAAUACACAGAUGAAGAGGAAGAAGACGAGGAAGAGGAGGAGGUGGAAGAUGAGGCCCUGUGGGCCUGGCACAGUGAGAUCAGCAGCCCAGACCCGGAGACUCUUCUCCCCACGGAGCCAGCCCUAGAGGAAUGGCUCUCCCGUGCCUCCCCCCGCCCAGCGAGUGCAGUCCUACAGCCUGCUGCGUCCCCACACCCCGACGGAGAGCCGGAAGCUCCCAGGCCUCCGAGGGUCCUUGGACCACCCACUGAGACUUUACCCACUCCCAGGAAUGGGAAACUGACACCCCCGCCACCUUCCACUCCAGCUGGGGAGAGAGCGGUGGGGGAGGAGGCUGGUGGUCCUGAGCUGUCUGGGGUCCCUCGAGGAGAGAGUGAGGAGGCAGGGAGCUCUGAGGAUACCCCGGCCCUGCUUCCAGCCACACGGGCCCCUGAGGGUGCCAGGGAACUGGAGGCCCCCUCUGAAGAGAAUUCUGGAAGAACUGUCCCAGCAGGGACCUCAGUGCGGGGGCAGCCAGUGCUGCCCACUGACAGCGCCAGCCGAGGUGGAGUGGCCGUGGCCCCCUCAUCAGGUAACUUUGCCCAAGGCUCGAACUCCCUCUUUCUCCUUCUUCCCUUUCUCCCCCUGAAGCUCUGGGUCACAUGA